AUGAGCCCGAAGAAGGCAGCAGAAAUCGUUGAAACCCUGGUGGAAGCAUUAAACAAAAGGAAAAGGCAGAGGCUAAACAAAGUUGGGAGUUCGAGGUCUCCGGAGUGGUACAAGGCUAUGGUGAAAGAGUUAAAUGCUAAGCCUUCCGACCCAGUCGCUACGGAUAAGAGCGAUAUUGAGCAAAAGCUUCGGUCAGGAUCCUCCAUUCUGGUACUGGAGAGCACACCGAGCAGGCGGAGUCAUUGCCGGGCUCUGCUAUGUCUUCGACAGAAGCUGACUGGCAUCAUAAAUAUCGAGUCCGAUUAUCGUUUCAACCUCAAGGAUUUGACAGGGACACGGGCCGGCGAUUUAACCCACCAUCUUCAGCCGAAUCGAUUUUACCAUAUAAAUUGUCUUGAACACAUCCUCAGUCCCCAGAGCCUCCUCGAACCUAAGCAUAUUGUGAUGGAGGGAGGAACAACUAUAUGCAACACGCAGGGACCGCUGGUCUCAAAGACGACACGCUUCCACCCGAUGGUUGAAGACUGGUUCACCUAUAGUGGCUGCAUCUUUGACAUCAAAGAGUAUAGCAUUGGAGCAAAGCAUAUGCGGCUUGGGAGCGGGAAGACUCCAAGCGAGAAUGGAAACACUGGACCACAGGAAGCCAAUUAUUUCUCUCCCGAGCGUACGCCACGUUUGUUGAGUGGGGUGCUUGCAGCCGUAGCCGGGGUGCAACAAAUCGACCUCUUACCAGAAACUUUUCUGUCUACAGUCAGGGAGCAGACAUUGAGGAGCACGAGCUCGGAGCCAGUUUGCUAUGUGGAGAUAGAUGCGGAAACUACCACAACGGCGUAG